UGUGCGAUUAAAGUAAUUGUGUAAGCAAUUGUGGUGCGGUCUAGGAAGAUAUUUGUUUUGAUAAGAUACAGGUGACAGAUGGAUUUGUCAGUGUUAUGUGUUCAAGCAGUGACUGUGUAAUGAAGUAAGAGAGACUGCCUGCAAAUGACAUGCUUUCAAAUAAGAGUUUCCUAUGGAUGUUGAAAAGCCGUACAAGGAGGGAUUUUUGUUGUUCCCUCCUCAAGGAGUCUUGGGACAGCUCAAGAAAACUUGGCACAAGAAGUAUUGCCAGCUAUUCAGGGCUAGCAAACAUGGGAUAGAAAGACUUGAAGUAUUUGACAGUGAGGAAGAUGUUACGAAGAAUUUGUCUGAUAGAAUUAUUACUCUUGAAAAUUGUGUGAAAAUUACACAAGAUGUACAGAAGCACCACCCCAAUAGUUUCAUUGUUGUUACGAAGACUGUUACAUACCAUUUUGCAGCUGUCAAUGAAAGUGAAAUGAUGCUGUGGUUAUCUGCAUUCCAGUCGGUUGCAUUCAAGGAUGAUUGCUCGAAACAAACAAUUGAAGAACAUAAUGAUCUUUAUGAUUCAUCUGGAGAAGGUGUUUUUACUGUGUGGUUAGUUCCAUCUGAAGCCAGUGAAAGGUGUGGUUUGGAACCAGGUGUAUAUACACUUGUAGUUGCCUCUGCUGUGAUCCAGCUUCGGAGUAGCACAGACAACAGUAUUCUCUUCACGUGGCCCUACCGUUACAUUAGGCGGUAUGGCUAUCGUGAAGGGAAGUUCAUAUUUGAGGCUGGCAGAAAAUGUGAUUCUGGAGAAGGCACAUUCACAUUGCAGCAUUCUAAUCAGCAAGAGAUAUUUCGUUGCCUUUCCUCCAAAAUGAAAAGUAUGCGGAAAUUGCUAUCUGGUGAAACACCCGUAAGCCCCGUGAUAAUGUGUGGCGACAAUCAGUUCCAAGCAGCCCUGAGUAUGGAGGCACGUUCUCGUAGCCCCCUUCCCCCAUCUCCAACAAGUGCGACUCUUUUUGAUACAGAUUUUAGCACAAUUUCACAGCCUUCCAGCAAAUUUCUUGGUACUGUUGUUGCAGAAAAUGAACAUUUUGUUGUAAAUAGUUUUUCACAUACCAGCAGACCAAAGCCAAAGCCUGUAAAACCUCCCCGCAAACAAAUUCAGUCUGUAGAAAAUAUUUCAACAGAAAAUGAAUCCAUCUCUACUGAAUCUUUAAGCUCUGGUCGUUUCAAAGCUUCUAAAGGAAGCAGCCUGUCGCCAACAACCCCAGUGCUUGUGACUCCUACAGAUAGUGCACAAGAUUAUGAUGAUGUGGAGGUUCGAAAGGAUGCUUGGAGGACCCUAGGUGUUGAUGACGUACGACAUACAGAAAAUCAGUGCAGUGAUGAAGAAGACAGGCCUGCUCAGUUUUCCACUGCUUCAACUGUUCAGGUUGCUGAACAAAGUCCAAUGCCACAGUGUUCAAAAAUUCUAGCUACACAGAUUUCCAUGAAGUCUGACAGCAGUGAAGACUAUGAUAAAUUGCAGCACUUCCGCCCACCACCUAAGCCAACUGCUGGAGGCUACAGCCAUGUGCCUGUGCCUUCCGUUACUUCUCAAAUACAACUUCCUCCUGCUCCAGAGGAAUCUCCAACCAGCUUUAAUGACUAUGAAUUAUGUGAAAAAAUACAAGCUUGUAGGUUAGCAGAUGAUUCUCAUUAUGGCUAUGGUAUGAUCCGUAAAAAAUCAGUACCAACUGAUAACUCUUUAUCUGGACCUGAACAUCAAUUUUACAAUGACCAGGAAUAUGCUGUUGUGCAAAAACCAAAAAAAGUCUAGUCCCUUUUGCAUGUGAUAUUAAUUAUAAACAUUGAAUUGUGAUCAUUUCAUCUCCAUAGAUAGCAAUGUAUCUUCCAAACUAAACAUAAAAUCUUUUUACUCAUGUAUAGUAUUCAUUAAAUUCAUUCAUUUUUAGAUAAACUUUGUAAAAUGAAAGUUGUUCACUGAUUUGCAGGUGAUUCAUCAUAUUUACGUGUUUUUAGAGGAACUUUUGUCAAUGUGAUGCAUACUGAUUGAUAAGUAAUUGUUGCUGAUUGAGGGUGUUAUCCUUUCAUUUAUAAUCCUCAAUCACAGCAAAUUAGAGAAUUUUUAAGCAUCUUUUAAGAAAGUGGACUAUUCUAAAUACAGAUGUUCUACUCCUUGAGUGACAUGCCAUGUUUGAAAUGCAAAUCUUGUUGUCCAAUCUUAGAGAAGUAGGUUAAUUUUGCACAACAGUUGAUGUUAACAUUCCCAUUUUCUGUAAGAAAUAACAUAAAGACUUGUGAGCUACUUGUUGAAGAUUUUAUUUACAUUUCAAGUUCAGUAUAUUGAGUCUGCUCAUAACAACAACACACUAUAAAAGUAAUUACCAUUAUGGUCUACCAUUACAUAACUGAAUUUUGUAUCUGGUAGGCUUUUGAUAUUAAUAUUGAUUGUAAUAUAAAUGUUGAAUAUAUUUUAAGAGAAUAUUUAUGCAACUGCCGUUUACUGGGCACCAUUUGCCCAUAUGAAUAGACUGCAAACUUGACUCAUGAGCUAUGUUUACCUGUAAGUAAUUAUAAGCAUUUAUGGGCAUACUAAAAAGCUGUUGCAACUUUAUUUUUUUCUAAAUUUUAUAUAUGUUCUAUGGAUUUUACCUGCAGAUCCAUAA